AUUCCCUUUAAAAGGGAAAGACUCCUCCAGCAGCGUUUCUGUCGAAAUAUUUACCUUCUAAAGCCUUGGACUAAACACCCACUGCAGAACUGGGCUCUUGGGUGCAAACCCUUCAAGCCAAGGGCCAUCGCUGUUUCUGUUUGUGGAGAGAGGCUGCUUAUUCCUCCCAGGGUGGUGGAGUUCAUAAAAAAACAGAAUAACAUAUGGGUUCAUCGUUUAAAGGCCCUUUCUCUGAGGGGUUUGCAAGGGAUAAGCCCAGCUCAGUGUGUGUGAUGGUACAGUAGCCUGUUGUUACUGGUUUUGUCUGGUUUAUUGUGGGGAUAGGAAGGGAAAUAAUGGGUUGUUAUUUGAUUUUUAAGGCCUCAUCUGUUCUCCCAGCAGUGUGGGAGCAUAAUGCCUUAUUUCCUAGCUGAGGGUUGAGUUACUCUUUGCUCUGUCAAGGAGCUUUGUUGGGUUUUUAGUGGCUUGUCUACGAAGGUGUGGGAUGUAAAUGUAGAGGGGUGGGAACUGGGAUGUAUCUCGGUGUUGUAUCACAGUAGGAUUCUCGUGCUGUUUGGAAAGGGGGAAACCACCGUGUUUGACAGCAUUUCUGUGGGGCUAAUUGCUGUAAGUGCUUCCAGGCAGAUCCUGCAGGCAGGGGAAGCUCGAUGAAUCUGCUGGAAUUCGGCACGGGACAGCUUCACACAUGAGAGGUUUGGCACUGGGGAGCCAGAGGACACCAGAUAACCUUUCAGACCAUUUAGCACAGCAGGGAUUUCUCAUCAGAGGCCAUGGAGCUCUCGGCCAACGAGCUCAGCAUCUAUGACAAGCUCUCAGAGACGAUUGACCUGGUCAGGCAGACGGGCCACCAGUGUGGCAUGUCAGAAAAAGCCAUCGAGAAGUUCAUCAAGCAGCUCUUGGAGCGGAACGAACCCCAAAGGGGCCCUCCACGGUACCCUCUCUUAGUGGCUCUCUACAAGGGCCUGCUCACUCUGGGGUUGGUCUUGCUGACUGUUUACUUCGUGAUCCAGCCCUACAACCCGCUGCCUCCUGAAGCUCCUCUCUCCAGAGCCCAGGCCUGGGGCUCCCUCAUCGGCCACAUCCGGCUGCUCCCUCUGCCCAUCGCCAAGAAGUACAUGCUGGAGAAAUGCCAGGACUGGUGGGCAGCAGGUUGCAGACAGAACACUUCUGCACUUCCUGCAAACUGCACAGUCUGUUCUGCUGUGAAAAGCCUUCAGAUAGUGACAGGCUCCAGAAAACUAUCAGAAGAGCUCCAGAGGCACCAGCCUUUUCUAAUCAAGACAGGGCAGCAUCUCUCCUAUGAGGAACUGAAGCAUUUCCAGUCCCAGGAUCCAGAACUGGCAGAGGUUAUAAUAGAAGAAAAUUCAGCUGAGUUGUGGAGCUGCCCAUUUUCCUUUCCCUGGAACAAAUCUGUGAAUAAAUCUGGGAUUCUGCAGGAAUUUUUACGUGCACCCUCUUUGCUGUCCUUCCCCAAGACAGUGUCCCUGGAGAGCUGCUUCCUCAUCCGCCACCCAGAUUUGGGGAAUAAGAGCUACAGCCUGCACAGCCUCUUUGUUGUUGGAAGUGGGCAGCUCACCCUGACUGUUGCACCUCUGGACUCGUGCAGAGGACACUGUGAGAUGUUCAAGGUGGAGCUGGAAGCUGGGGAUUUGGGUUAUGCCAGCACAGAUUACUGGACAAUGAGCUUCAUGGCCAAAGGGACAGAGCCAGCAGUGGUUUGUGACGGAGCUGCCAGCUAAGGACAGAGGGGAGGGAAAACAGAGCUGUUCCCAGGACAAGAAGACUUUCAGCUUUGAAGCUGAGGCAACGUUUUGAGAGCGAGCUGGGGCAACUGGGGCAGGCAGCUUUGCCACCCUGCAUGUUUACAGUGUUUAAAAAUGACUGUUUUCCUGACCCUUGAGGUAAUUCUUUGCCUUUCCUCAAAUGUGUUUUGGGAGAAGCUCAAGCUAUUUAUGACUUUCCCUGUCCCCUCAGGUAAGCCCUGGGUUUGCAGCAAAGGUUUUUUUUUCCAGGAACAGCAGAAGGAUUUCUCAGGAUGAGAUUCACCUUGUGUCCUUUGUGGAUUAUGGCACUUCUGAAACUUCCUGGGGGGAAUUUGGGAGUGGAGGGGGUGUGUGACAUUUCUGUGUACAUUCCUCCUGAGGAGGAAGCUUUGAGCCUGUCUUGUCAGGCCAGUUCUAUAAAGGGAAUGAAUCGGUGAUGUGUCCCAGCCUCACCCCACCUCUCCCUCACCUCUGUGGCUGUGUCUCCCCCAGAGCUGAUCCCAGCUCUCUCCUCCCGGGCUGGGGGGCAGCCCUGAGCCUGAGGGUCUCUGCCCCUUGCCCACUGUAUCAUUCUUGUACCAAAAGAAUCUCUUCAGGCCUCUCUGUUGUGAUCACUCUUGUGGUUCUCUAUCUGCAGGUUGUGGGUCAAAUAGUAACUGUGCUUUUUUUCCUCUUCCACCUCCUUUCCUGCAAAAAGCACCGACACUCAUGUUGGUGGUGCUGGGAGUGCAGGAGUUCUGGAUGGAGAUGGGGCUGGGGGCAGAGCAGCUCUGUGCAUGUUUCACCUGAGACACCAAGGGCUGCACAGCCAGUUGCAGCUCCUCGUUUUUGGAGGCACUGCCUGCGUUCCCAGCCCUGAGGACCCACGGGAGCACCUGGAAGCUCCCUCAUCCCUGGCGUAUUUUUGUACCAACUCCUUCCAGACCUGGAGCUCUGCCUUCAGAGUGAAGGUUGGUUUUUCCUGGGUCCUUUCCAAGCUGCCUUUGCAUGUUUCCUGCUGCUGGAGCACUGCUGUCUGCAGUGCCCUGAGAGAGGCUCGGGUUCAGUGUUUGCAGGCUGCGGAUGCUGCUGCCCCUUCCAAGUCUGAUCCUCUGGGUCUGAUCCCGCUGCUGAAGAUCAUUUACAGAUGUGUCAGGCUGAACUCAUAGGCCAGGGCUGGGGUUCAGGACAUGCUCUCACACUUGUUAAUAUGGAACUGGGAGGGGUUUUGGUUGCAAGCGAGUUAACUCUGUUCUCAGGAGCAGGAGCCUUUCUCUCUGUAAAUAUUUUAGGUACGUGUGAAAUGACAGAUUGGAAAAAUGUCUGUCCAGCCUUUGUUUUUGAGAGAAAUGGGAGCAAACAUCGUACUAAUCUUAUUAGGGGCUGACAAAAGCCGCCAAGUGGGAUGACCAUGCCUGGCUCCUGUACAAGGAUAAGGCAAAGGACAGUUCCUGCUUCAAAGAAUUUAGUCUGAGGCCUUGACACUACAAACAUUUCUAUGCAUAACCCUUGUUUUUCUCCUGUCAAAACACUUGAGAACAACCCCAGCAACUGUGUCAGUCUGUGUUAAUAACCCUCAGUGCUGGCCCAACACACACACCAGAUGUAGUAGAACCAAAGGGGGAGAGUCUGACUCUCUCGGGAUAGAAAGGGACUGAUCUAAUUUGUAGCAAAAUAUUAAAGAGAAUUGGAUUAACAAGACUUCCAUUAGUAUUCUCGUUGCUCGGGGUGUGUUUUACACUCAUGACACUACAUGCAAUCUUGUACAUGCCAAGACACACACACACACCCCCCUCACCCCCCUCCCUCCUCUUAAAGCCUGGGUCUUAGUUAAUGGAAAUUUGGGAGUUUGGUGAUGGCAGAAUCAGGGCCUCGUUAGUGACUGUUGCUAUUUACACUUUGGCAGCUUCUCAAAUCAAAUUCAAAGGCUGACAAGGUUCCUUCACCUCUCACUGGUUUUGUACCUGACCCACUUUUGUAAAGCACUUGCUCAGAGAUGCUGCUGGGGCCUUUCUUGCUGAGAUUGCGGCGGUUCUGGUGACGCUGUCACUGCUAAGUGUCCUUGACUGUAACUCGUAAAAGAGCCGUGGAGACAAUUCCCAAGUGUCUGUGAAAUGCCUGGAUUCUGAGAGUCGCACUUAAGCCAUUGUGGCUGUCUGGCUCUUUCGGGAAGAGGCAGAGAAAAUGGAUCUAUUUACGGUUGCUGUUUAGAUUUGGGGGGGGAGGGGGGCAGGAAAAGGGCAGGUUUGUGCCUGUUUAGCAAAAGUGUUCUCACGUGUUGCUUCUCCCCUCCUCGAAGAGCUGCAGCUGGUUGGACAGGAGCUGGUGAGUGUGGCCUGUGUGUGUGCAGAGCAGCUCUCCAAGUGCACUUUAUGGGCUCUGCAUAAGUUUCCAGCUCGGUGUCUGGGCGAUACAUUGCAUAUGUCCCAGCCUCGCUCCCUCCGGAGUUUACAUCAUUUGUUUUUAAGCUUUCCAGUAUAUUUUCUCUUCCUCUUCCAAAAGCUGUAAGGAAUUAGCUGCUAAACUAAAACAGGAGGGCAGUUCUCCUGCUGAUAAAGAGCCGAUUUUGGCUGAAGCUGCGGAGCCCCAGCCUGCAGCACAGCUUCCAGAGCAGCUCCUGUCUCCAGCUGCCAGAGGAGUGGUGCUCACACCUCCGGCACCGCGGGAAACCUGGAGGUGAGGCCAAAGUGGCAAAACUAGGAUGGCCAAAAGGAGGUUUCGAUACCUUUAGCUGCAGGUGAGCCCUGGUGGGGUUUCUCAUCCAGAGCUCCAGCUUUACAGAGCCCUUGGAAAGGCUGCAGGAGGCUGGGACUUCCCUAGAGAGCCCGAUGAGGCUGAAUUGGGGGGAUGGGGCUAUUUCUGCAGCUGUUCUUGGUGACAG